GAGUUUGGUUGAGAGGGAGAGGGUGAAAGGGGUGGGAGAUCGGCUCAAGAUGGCGGCGUCGCUCAGUUGCAUGUGUCGCCGCUCAACGCUGGACCUCUGCAGGAAAAUCUUACGCUGCCGGCCUGCAACCAGUCGCAAAAGGUCCGCGUUGAAAAGUUGUGAGGUAAAACUCGGCUCUUCGCCGGCGUGUCGGACGCUGUCGACGGAGAGAGGCCGCGGGCCGAGCGGUGCCGGGGCGGGAGGCCUGGCUCAUGCCAUCCUGCAGGAGAAGCUGCAGCAGCAGGAACGGGCCAAAGAGGAGGCUGGCAGUGGGGAGCCAGGGGCUGGCAGCAGCGACACGGGCGCCGACCAGGAGCAGAAACAGAAGCAAAACGCAGCCUAUGCCAAGAAAAUGGUGCUGAGACUGGCGGGACUGCUGGGGGCCGGCAGCGCCUUCGCGGUGGUCUACGUCUUCGGUAGCAAUUCAGUAGAUGAAGCUGGAAAUAAGAUUCCUGAUGAAUUUGAUAAUGAUCCUCCUGUCGUAAAGCAGUUGCGAAGAACAUAUCGCUACUUCAAAGAUUACAGGCAGAUGAUAAUUGAGCCCACCAGUCAGAAGUUGUUGCCAGACCCCCUUAAAGAGCCAUAUUACCAGCCACCGUAUACUGUUGUGCUAGAGCUAACAGAUGUGCUUCUGCACCCAGAGUGGUCGUUAGUCACAGGUUGGCGGUUUAAGAAGAGGCCAGGUAUAGACUACCUAUUUCAGCAGUUGGCACCAUUGUAUGAAAUUGUUAUCUUCACCACAGAAACGGGCAUGACAGCUUAUCCGCUUAUUGACAGUGUAGAUCCACAUGGGUUCAUAAUGUAUCGUUUGUUCAGGGAUGCAACGCGGUAUAUGAACGGUCACCAUGUAAAGGACGUGUCGUGCUUGAACAGGGAUCCUUCCAAAGUUAUUAUUGUGGACUGUAAAAAAGAAGCUUUCAGCCUCCAGCCCUUCAAUGGUAUUGCACUAAAGAAAUGGGAUGGAAAUUCUGAUGACCGAACCUUGUAUGAACUUGCAGCAUUCCUGAAAACAAUUGCAAUGAAUGGAGUUGAAGAUAUAAGAACUGUACUGGAGAACUAUGCUCUAGAAGAUGAUCCAAUUGAAGCAUUUAAGAAGAGACAAGAACUGUUAGCGCAGGAAGAACAGCAGAGAAUAACUGAUCGAUCGCAGCAGAAAUCUUCUGGCCUCUCCUUGGGAUCUUUGACAAGCAAACUAUGGCAGCGGUCCAAACCACAGUAACAAGCCUGACUUCCAGUCCUACCCUCCUACUGUAUUAUCUAGAAAAGUCUGACCUAUUGCUCCAAACUGGAUUGAGCAUGGUGGUAUUCACCACAAGAUUCUGCAUAUGGUGAAAGCUGUUACCGGAUAGAUUCUGGUUAAAAAUUUCAUACCGUGCUAGCUCUUUGGCUGGUAGGGUUAGACAUGCGUGGCCACACAGAGGUGGAGUAUUGAUCAUUAUUACCCAUGACAAGUCCUGAUAUUGGCAGCCAUUUUAAACGUACUGGCUUGAUUUAAAUACCAAGGCAAAGUCACAUUUGAUCCACUGUCAUUAGCUUGUGUUUUAGUUAAUUGGAAGAAUAGUUUUUUUUUAAACUGUAGUUUUUUUUUCCACAAGCCUGCAGUUAAACUGUGAUUACACCUCAGGGUGGGGAGAAUCCAAUUGUCUUAUCAUUGUGAAUAGUACUAUUAAAUGUACCAACCAUUAAAACUGCACACAGAUUUUUAGACAGUGCCUGUGAAAUGGUGUCUACCAAAAUAUACUGUACCUUUCCUUGUACAAUCAAUACAGUUUCAUUGCCUUUAACAUUCUGUAAAUGAUGUGCAUAAGAAGCAGAAUGUAGUUCAGUGAGGAGUUUAAUAAAAUUAUGAAGACAAGCAACAAGGUAUAUAAAAUUGUACACGAAUCUCAUGACAGUUCAAACCAGCAUUGAAGUAUCUUCGGAAUCUGUUCCAUGUUUUUAACUGUAGUGUGUCUUUCAUUCCCAGUUUGCUGUGAUAACAUUGUUAUAGCAUGUAGUGGCUGUGCUUAUUUUAGUUAACAACGGACCCAUAUGUGUUGCAUGAGCAAUUUGAAACUUUGAAAAUUAAUUUUGAAAGGUAUAAAUUUAAAAGGGUAUCUUAAUUGCUUAGAUCCCUCGCAAAUCUUACAACCCUACUUAACAUUUAAUUCCUUUCUUACUCCCUUUUCAGGAUUGCUAAUAUUGUAUACCUCUAAUCCCCAAUCAGGAGAUAAGACAGGUGGCCUCUAAGUUUCUGAAAGCACUGUCCAUAUGUACACUGGUCAAAGAGGCUUGUUGGAGGAUUUAAACAAGUGUUUUGGAAUGGUCAGGAGAAAAGGGUGGGCUUAAUUGAAGAAUUGCUUGUGUUCCUUUUGAGAUAUUUUUAAAGAUUAAAUGCAGGGAAGCUAUUUCCUCUGGUCGGUGAGGGAGGGGGAAGCAUAAUUUUAAAAUUACAGCCACAUCAUUCAGAAGCGAUAUCUGGAAACACUUCACACACCCCACAAACACGUUAGUAGAAAUCUGGAACCCUAUUCGUGCACAAGGCUGUGGAUUCGAAGAGCCAGAAUGGAGUUGGUUGGUUUUUGUUGAGUCCUGAGGAUAUGGAUUCAUAACAAGUAAAUGGUGUUGACAUACUGAUCAGUGGUCUAAUUAAAUGGUGGAGCUGGCCCAAAAGCCUGAACUCCUGAUCUUUGUAAUGUGUGAUGUUUUAUUAAAUCUCUGCUUAAACCUAA